GGCAGUUACUCCUCUGGCUGUCAGGCUCCUCUUCUGGAGUGGUGGAGAUGGCAGUGAACUUCACCUGCAGCUUCACUGCACUUUGCUGUUUGGCACUCUGGAGCUUCACUGGGACUUCAGGUGGUACACAUGUAACACCACCCCACUCAACCAUAAGACCUGGCUUCCCUGUCCCAGCGAACACCAACAGCCCCGCGGUCCGCAAGGCCGCUCGCUUUGGGGUCUACAGAUACAACAACAGCUCCAAUGACCUCUUCCUGUUUAAGGAAUCACAGAUAAAGAAAGCCAUGGUACAGAUAGUCAGAGGGCUGAAGUACAUGCUUCAUGUGGAAAUCAAACGCACCGUGUGUGAGAAGAGGGAUCACUCCAGCCUGGACAGCUGUCACUUCCAGAGGGAAAAAAACCUGCAACAGAUGCUGAGAUGCUAUUUUGAGGUCUGGAUAACACCUUGGACACACGAAGUGCAUAUCCCUGUUGCCCAUUGUCACCAAGACAUUUCCCCAUGAGAGCCUGACUUACAAAGGAUCCACCACCCUAUGUUUUUCCUUGCCUGGACUGCUGAGGUCAAUACUGAAGUGGAGAACAGCUGUACAGAACUGCACAGAGGUUUUCUCUCAAAGCACAUGGUUGUUUUUUUCCUUGAGAAAAACACUCAAAAGACAAGGCCUGCCUUGACUGGAUGUCUUGCUAUGCAGUUGUGUAUCUGUUUUUCCAAAACUAAACUGCACAUGAACAUGUGUUGUCAUUCAUUCACCAUCCACCCUCUGGCUAAAUUUCCAAGCACUCCCAGGAAGCUCUGUUGCACUUGUUUUGUGAUGAACUUUCACAAACCCAUGACGGAAACAAGUGUAAACGACACGUGUGAAUACAACACCGAGGAAAGCUUUACAACAGUGGGGUGGUUUGCCUGGGUACACACACACAGGUUUUAAGAUUUUUCCAGUGCCAGGGAAAUGAUCAGACACAUCUGUCAGGAAGGCAAGAGGGAGAGCUGUUCUUUUUUUUUAAGAUAGAGGAAUGGAUAAGGAUGUCUCAAAACACAGACAUCCCAGAAAUUAUACAGUCCAAUGAGUGCUUCCACUUUAAUCAAAAGCUAAGCUACACUGUGAAAGGGCAUCACGGCAAAUGCCAAGGCUAAUAAAUUUAAUCAUAUUGCCAAAUAAUAAUUCUGAGGUUAAACAGCAUAGUUCCAUUCAGGUUAAUAUACAACAUUUAAUUUCUGGCAGACCACAGCUUAUAUUCAUAUUCAAUAAAAUGAUGGUCUUCUCCAGGUGGGCAUCCACCAUUCCUUCAAGUCUUCACUCUUCAUCCAUGGGCUAAUUAUUGCUUACAGUGGACUAAGGUCCCUAUUAGGAAGGAUUUGGGUAGCUGCUCCCUUAAGACAGCCAUAAAGUCUGAGCCUAUGAUCAGUCAUACACAGACCAGCACUUCUAAAUGGGCAGGGCCCUGAUCUAAGCCACAAAGAGUAGGGUUUUUUUUCCACAAAUACUCCUUUUUUCUGAAAGUUGUUGCUUUCUGUAGCAAUAUUGUAACUCCUAUUAGCAGUAACACUCCCACUUUCAGCCCUUUUAACAAUCAUUAAAUCAAGAAAGGCCAGUGAAGGGCUCUAAGCCAAGGUCUGGGGAUGUUAAGACAGAUGGUAUUACUAGUACAACUGAGUAUUUGCUCCAAGUAAUCCCAAAGCUGGGCAAGUCUCAAGUUCUGUUUCAGAAACACCACUUGUAAUGAACAGGUGGCUCAGCAGCAGCUCAAAUUCAGCAUCCAGUGCUGGAGAGGCAGCUGUGCUGCAUCUUAAUCUUUGGGAACACCAGUGUCUUGGCUGGGGAAAAAAAGGGAAAAAAAAAAAAAAGCAGUGCUCUAAAGAAAGCUACAGAAGGGCCACAAGAGGAUGUAAUGUGAUGCUACAUUCAGCCAUCACCAACAGCCUGGUGCCAAAGACAAGGAGAAAGAAAGGCAGCGAUGGUGGCUUGGGCUGUCCACAAAGCAGGAAAGCCAAGCCACAGCUAGGUUUGUAGGAGAGCAAGAGAAGCCAGGAAGAGCUGCUCUUUGCAUCUCAGAGGGGUUAGGAAUGGUCUCAAGCCCUCUUCUCCUUCAGCUGCACACUUCACACAAUGCCAAGGGCUUCCAACCAGGCUGUCAGCUUUAGACAGUCUGGACCAGAACAGGCUGGGCAGAUUCAUGUUCUUUCCUUCAGCCAGCAGGACAGCCUGGUGUUCAGGAACAGAUGUCAUUUACCUCUCACAUGCCACCAAGGGGGCAAGCAGGCAGCAUGCUGUCACUUCAGGUCUGUGCAGAGAUGCAUGCAGGCAGUGAGCAUGUCACACAACAGUGUCCCCUGUGCAACUCUCCGAGCCCCUGACACACAGUGCUUCAUCUCAAACACCUCACCAUACCAAUUCUCCAUUUGUCAGAGCAACAAAAUUUAAAGCCAGGUGAACUUGGCAUCAUGAAGGCUGACAAACCCAACAAGCCUUUGCUGUUCUCCCAAGGAAAAUCCAGCAUGACUCUUCAGACCUCUCUAUGCAAACAGACAAGCUCCUGCUGAGAAAGACAGAUCAUCCUUAUGUUCAAAGCUGCAUCCAAGUGUUCACUGUGACACACAAUUCCAGUGUGCUUUACAAUAAGAAAGGUACACUGGAAUUGUAAUACCCGUCAUCCCCUCAGCUAUGGUAACAGAGCUUUCAUCAGCACCAAAGAAAGGAGCAGAGCUAGAGACAACUGAGCUCUUUGUAUCACUCCAGAGCACUUCACUCAGGAAGGAUUUGGGUAAUUAAAGAGGAGGACACUGCUAACACUGACCUAAAGAACUGCAGCUAAAUACCACUUCAAUGCAAUGACAUGCAGCAGUCAAAAAGCCAGUGUCUGCCCUCUGCAUCUUGGCUACAAUUUACACCAAGGUUAA